ACGGGGCUCGCUCAUCGACGUGGCGGGCGCGCGGGGGCGGGUCUUGGUGAAGAGGGUACAAAUAAGAGUAGAAAACAGAGCCUCCUCUUAUUUCCCUGGGUUCCCCUGGUUGCUUUGUCUUUGCCAUAUCGCCCGUGGUUUGUCAGUUUGAGUGCCCCGACGAGAUAAACCUGGCACAAGAUGGGGGCCCCGAGCGAGAAGCGGACUGCGGCACACAGCCACGAGGAGACGGUCAAUCCCAAUGGAAAUGGAGAUCGCAUCCAGACGCUGGCAGAGGAGGCCCAGGACGAUGCUGUCCACAUCAACCUCAGUUGGAGGUCAUGGCUGGUGGUCUUGAUAUCCUGCUUCGCCAUCGCGGGCCAGGUCUUCGUCGUCGUGGCGGCCGGGACGGUGAUCGCCUUCAUCGUGCGCGACCUGGGCGAUGCCUCCAUGGCGGGCUGGAUCAUCCAGGGCCCGCUGCUGGUUCAGAGCGUGCUCUCGCCCGUCGUGGGCCGGCUGUCGGACGUGCUCGACCGCAAGUACAUGGCGACGCUGCCGCCGCUCGUGGCGCUCGCGGGCGCCGUCGUCUCGGCCAAGGCCACGUCCAUGAACAUGCUCAUCGGCGGCGGCAUCCUCAUCGGCUUCACCCUGCCCACCAUCUCCAUCGUCCAGACCAUCCCGUCCGAGAUCCUGCCGCUGCGAUACCGCGCCAUUGCCAACGGUUGCGCGUUUAUGGGGGGAGCUAUCGGGGGGCUAGUCGGCAACCUCGGGGCAGGAGCCGUGACCAACGUCAACGCGAGCGGGUGGCGCUACAUCUUUUGGAUCCAGGCCGCCUUCCACGCCCUGACGUCGGUCGGUCUCUUCUUCCUCUACAACCCACCCAAACGCACCGACAGGCCCAAGAUGUCCCUCGGCGACUACGUCUGGGCCUGCGACCCGAUCGGCUCCCUGCUAUUCGUCGGCAGCGCCACGCUCAUGCUGCUGGGGCUGGGCUGGGCCGGCGGCGCCUACAAGUGGAGCGACCCGCACGUGGCCGCGCCCAUCGGGCUGGGCCUGGCCCUGCUGGUUGGGUUCUGUCUGUAUGAGUGGAAGGGCCGGUCCGACGGCUUGGUAGCGCACGUCUUCUUCCGGACCGAUGCUAACUUCGCCCUGUCCGUCUUCGCGUUCGGGGUCGAGGGCUGGAUCUUCUACAGCGCCGUCAACUCCAUCGUGCCGCAGAUGGCGCUGAACCUGGGCUGGGAGGACAACGCGUGGGACAUCUCGAUCCGGAUGCUGUCCUUCAAGGUCGUCAAUACGGCCAUGUCGAUUCCCAUAACAUGGUGGGCGACGCGGUUCAAGGAUCUGCGGUCGCCGCUUCUGGUGACCUUUGUGGUUUUUCUGGUCGUCACCAUCAUGUAUGCCUGCACCGAGCUGCACUGGUCCAAGAUCCACUACCUCAUCAACGUCCUCUGCGGCAUCGGCCAGUCCGGGCCCCUGACCCUCCUGGUGGCGUGCGUGCAGUUCACAGCCCCGCACGCCUUCCUGUCCACGGCCACCGGGCUCGCGUUUUCGACCCGCGCCAUCGGCGGCGCCUUCGGCUCGGCCGUGCUCAACGCCAUCAUCAACGGCCACCUGUCGGCCAACCUGGCGCCCGCCGUCGCCUCCGCCGCCGUCGCCGCGGGCCUGCCGCCGUCCAGCGCGCCCGCCCUCGUCGCCGCCCUGGGCAGCGGCAAGGCCAAGACGGCGCAGAUAGCGGGCGCCACUCCCGGGGUGUGGGCGGCGGCGACGGAAGCGAGUAGGGAGCAGUACCUGUACGCGUACCGGAGGGCCUGGGCGAGCGUCAUCCCGUUUGUGGUGCUGGCCAUCGCGGCCAUCUGGUUCCUGCGCGGCGUCAAGGAGCUGAUGACGGACAAGAUCGAGGCCACGGUCGAGAAGGUGCCCGAGAGGCAGGAGGAGAAGGGUGAGAAUGGAGUGGCACUCAGGAUUAUGAGUCGAAAUGAGAACGACAUCCCUCCAGCUCCCAACAACCCCGGAGGCCGCCGCACUCAGCAUCCCUGA